CACAGGUAUUCGACAUACACACCUCAUAACCACACACACCACCUACCUAAGUCAUGUACGGUCUAUUAUCACAGCAAGUCCGAAGGACUCUUGGGGCACCUUUGGCACCUAAUACCGUGAGAAUGGCGUCUGUAUUAAGGUCCUAUGCCUCAGUGAUGAAGUACACAAAGGAACACGAAUGGUUGAGAAUCGAAGACGAUCAGGCGACUAUUGGAAUCACCGAUUAUGCACAGAACUCUCUAGGAGACUUGGUAUACAUUGAAAUGCCAGAGGUCGGUGCCACUUUCGAGCAAUCAGAUGACAUGGGUGUAGUUGAGAGUGUCAAGGCUGCCAGUGAUGUAUACGCGCCCAUCUCCGGUGUCAUUCUUGAGGUCAACGAGAAGGCAGCGGCCACCCCCUCCAUCAUCAACAAGGAGGCCGAGACCAACGGAUGGCUGGUCAAGAUGAAAAUCACAGAGCCCAAUCAGCUCACUGCGUUGCUGGACGCCGAAACCUAUGCCUCGUUCUGCAAGGAAGACUAGACUCUAGAGGGGCUCACUAAAAUUCUGAUAUUGUUUUGUUAGUGCCUAGCUUCGUUGGGCUUCCAGGAUGAAAGGGACGAAGUACGCUUGCCAGCAUAAUUGGUGAAGAAUGUUUAAACAACUAUUCAAGCUAGCGAGUAGGGCCAGGGUAUUCACACCCACUGGUAGAGUGGCUGGGCUGGUUCUGCAUAGAGUGAGUCGGACACGCUGACAUUGCAAUGGAUGUUGUGCGGUGAUGUAUGUAUUCAAUUAAAGAUAUGGGGUAUUGAAAUCUG